AAACGAAAAUAGCCACAUGGUGAAAAAUUGAAAUUCAGAGAAAGAAAGAAGAUGAGUUCUCAAGGCAUUUUCUCCAUCAUUGGGCAGUUCUUCAACGAGUACAGGUCUGGUACUCCAGUGAAGCUUAAGCUGGUGGAUGCCUACCUCACCUACGUGCUGCUGACUGGGAUUAUCCAGUUUGUCUAUUGCCUCCUGGUGGGAACUUUUCCCUUUAACUCUUUCCUCUCUGGAUUUAUCUCCUGUGUAGGCUCCUUUAUCCUGGCAGUUUGCCUCCGUAUUCAGAGCAACCCUGAGAACCUGAGCCACUUCAAGAUAUCGCCAGAGAGAGCGUUUGCUGAUUUUAUCUUUGCCAGUCUCGUCCUCCAUUUGGUCGUCAUCAAUUUCAUUGGUUGAACCAGGUCUACAUAAACACAUGAUCUUUAGCGAAUUUAUUACAAAAAAAUGUGAACUGAAAAUAUUAAUUUGUGCAUAAUUCAAUGCUACAAAAGUUUCACUUGUUCAUGAAUUAUGAUCAAUCAAUUAUAGUUAUUACCGUG